AUGCCCUCUAGUUUUGCUACUGGAGUGAUGCUGCUAAGGGGAAACCUCCGUGUAACUUUACCCAUUUCGAGCUUUUUAGGCCAUAGAAUAGUGAUACGGAGAAAUUAUUCCAGCUUAGAUCCUAAUGUCCUGGAAGCAAAGUACAAAGAAAAGCUAUUAGCCAGGGCUAAGAAGGAAGGAUUGGAAACAAUUGAUCAGUUGAAGGAACAUCUAAAGGAAGAAAUUCAGGAAAAGAAGAAAAAACUAAAUGAGAUCGAUGCUUUUAAGCAAUUGGAUAGAAUAAAUCGAAUAGAUAAGAUUAAAGUUAAUUCAUUAGCAUUUAACAGCCAUGAAACAACUUUACAAUCCAAUGUAAAUCUUUCUAAAGCUUUCAAGACACUAGAUUCCUAUUUAAAAGUUGAAAAGGCUAAGAAGUUGUCGAAACAAGAAAUUGAAUACCUAUGGAGAGCUCAAUGGUCAAAGAAAAGUAUGUCAGUUUCUGCAGUCAUACCAGCAGAAAUAUUUGAUAGGAUGAUAAAUAAUGUAAACGAAGAUAGGUCGUUUAUAUUACCAGUCUUCAGAAACUCUUCUGUUGGAGAAAGUGGUCCAAAAAAGGAAAAAGUAGAGAUGCACUAUGUACAGUGGGCUUUUGCUGGACCAAAUACAGUCCAUUGCCUGGUAACUCCCCUGGCUGAGUACAAAUUACAUGAAGAGUUUGCCAGACCUCAUUUAAUAAUCGAAUUUUUCACCGACUUGAGCAAAGAUAAAGACAUUGUGCUGAUGAAAGGUACGAUAGAGUCCGGCAGUAAUAUAUCUGUUAAUGAUGCACAGUUCCUCAUACUUAAUAUUCAAAGAUUUUAUGGCGCAAUGGGUUCUCAAUCGAAAAUUGCAAAGAGGAGAUUGGAACUACGGAGAGCUUUUACAAAAGGUUCAAAGGACUUUACUGUGGAUGAGUUAAUUGCCUUGUCACAGUCUAUGAAGAGUUAG